CCUAUCCGUAGUGGGUAGGUAGGCUGAGUACCUAAGAUAGGUAGGGCUACCUACCUAGAGAGGAGACGCUAGGUAAAGUACGAUGUACAUCACCACCUCCUGCUCCUGGUGGUGGUGGUGGUCCUGCUGGGUUGUCUGUGUCACACUUUGCCCAUCCCAGCCCAACACCACGGUGCCCCUCCACCACUUCCAUUUCUUGAACCGCUCUCCACCCACUUCUCUGUCGUUCUCUCGGGCAGCACUCCCCUCUCCCCAUCACUUGUACAUGUCCAGUUGUGAUCCUUUCACUCGCAAGACAGAAGCAAUACACUAAUACAUCGGCUGGUAUGUGUGUGUGUGUGUGUGUGUGUGUGUGUGUGUGUGUGUGUGU